AUGGAGCCUUUUGAGGACAUUACGGUGGUAACGGAGGAUGGGAUAAAGAUUCGCUGCUAUCUUAUUCAGAAGAAAGACAGCGAGACAUAUGCUGAUGCCCGAGGUACCAUUAUUCUAUUUCAUGGAAACUCGGCCGACCGCGGGGAUCUUCUUGAACCGUUUGCGUCUCAGUGGUGGAAUGAGUACAAUGUUCUUUUAGCCGAAUAUCGUGGAUACGGAUUGUCAGAAGGAACCCCAACUGAAAAAAGGUGCCCUGUAGUGGAUUACGUCCGCCACCAUCCUCUCUUAUCCGUACUACCUAUUAUUUUAUAUGGGCACUCUCUAGGAGGCGCAGUGGCAAUUCAUGUUGCGAGCGAGAAUUCGGACAAGAUAGAUGCGUUGAUCCUCGAGAAUACCUUUGCGUCUUUGGCAGCUGUUGUACGAGAUAUCCCAAUUGUGGGAUGGCCCCUCUCAGUCUUUUGCCCAGAUAAAUGGAAUUCAGUGGAGAAGAUAUCGAGAAUACCCCAAGAUAUACCCAUUCUACUUCUCGGGGGAAUGAAGGAUGAGGUGCUAAAGCUGCAUCAUAUGAAAUCGCUUUGGCGUGCAGUGAAGAAAAGGAAUGCAACAAAGAGUCUGCAGAAUUCUUCACAAACGGGCGGGGAAGAAAAAGAAGCAGGUGAUCUAUAUGCUGUCCAAGACCAGUUUAUUAUCUUUCCAGAUGGCCUUCACAGUACUACACACGAAGAAAGCGGCUACUGGACUGUGACCUUUGGAUUUCUUGAUAGUGUCCAGAAUUGGAGGUCAAUCCAGAAAUGA